AUGGCAAACAAGUUUGGAUUAGGGUCUUUACCUCUAGAAUCUAAAAAUCCCAUGAGUUCUACGGCGUUUAUAAACAAAGCGAAACCUUUUUUCGUGGAUCAAAUCGGAGACACCUUACAAAGAGAUAUCGAUAUGAACAAUUUCAAAAUAACUAAUUUAAAGUUUCCAGGAAACGAUAACGAUGCCGUGAACAAGAAAUAUUUACUGGAUCAAAUAAACGCAAUUCAAAUAGAUAAGGACCAUGUUGAAAAUAGAAUAAAUGACGUGAAAAGAUUCAUCAGACGAAAUAUUAAUAAUCUUGUGGACGAACCCAAACUACAACAAGAGGUAACGAGUUUGAAACGUCUUAUUCAAGUGGAUAAAACAAGUCAGUUGCAAUAUUUAAUAUCUAAAUUAGACGAUAAGAUUACGAAGAGAAAGUUGAGCAAAUUAGAAGCUAUUGUCACGGACAAAUCGUAUUAUUUCAAUCUACCAUUCGAAAGUGACACUGUCUUCGAUAGAAAAGACCAAAUUUAUAAAUCAAACAAAUACGGAUUCAAAGCAGAAAUAAAAGUGGGUUCUCUCGCAUAUGGUGAACCUAAAAACGUAUUCGAUAUCGGCGAAACGCAAGAGUUUUCUUUUCGAGGUAAUUGUCUGAUUCAAAAAGAGUUUCCCAUGAAGGUUAAAGUCAAUAAAGUAGUCUUCAAACAAACCGGUAAGGGCGUCAAACAUAUUUCAUUAUUCAAUGAUGGUAAUUUGGAAGAGAAUAUACGUUUGAUUGAUAAAAGGGAUCAGGAAAUUGAAACGAAAAAUGGUAAAUAUGUAGACACCUUUAAAAUGGAAGUAGAAAAUGAUAAGGAUAUCAUUGGAAUCAAAGAUUUGGAUAUGACUUGA